UCCUCUUCUCCCUUCCCCCGCGCCACCGAGCGACUCGCUGGGGGAACGUCAGGUCCCAGCUGCGGCGCGGGGCCGGAAGGCUUUGGGAUGCGCACCGAGGACAGGCCGUCGCUAUAACGGGCCGCGUGGGAACUGGAGGCGGCUGGAGUCUUCCGCCUAAUAUGCAGCAAGAGGAAACAGCCUUUUAUAGCCCCAUCUUAGAUAUUGACCAUGCACCGGUGGUGGAAUACCAUCAUCAUAUCUGGAAGAAGGAAAUCUACCUUGAAAACACAUUCAUUGUGGUAGCAUCACUGUUUGGUAUCCUGGGAAGAAAGUGAGUACAGCAUGAUUGCCUUUAGCAAUGUGUUUGUACUGGAGGAGUGCGGAUUAUGAACAUCUUAUACUGAACUUUGACAGACCUGCCUCUCCUUUCACAAGUUAUCUGAUAAUUUUAUUAAAACCAUGGUAAUCCCAUCGUCCCUGAAGAACUGUUUUCAGUUAUUUUAUGUCCUCAAGAUUUCAGCAGCUGGCUUCAAGCGUACAGCAAACAGAGGACUCAUUCUACAGUCUGUUUCUAGUGAUGUUUACCAGAAUUUGGCUGUGGAAGAUUGGAUUCAUGACAACAUGAAUUUAGAGAACAGACAGGUUCUUUUCCUUUGGAGAAAUUCUCCCACUGUGGUGAUUGGGAGACACCAGAAUCCCUGGCAGGAAUGUAACCUCAAGAUAAUGAGGGAGAAGAACAUAAAACUAGCUCGAAGGAGAAGUGGGGGAGGGACGGUUUACCAUGAUCUGGGCAAUAUCAAUUUUACUUUCUUCACAUCCAAGAAAAAAUAUGAGAGAAUGGAAAACUUAAAAUUGGUUGUUAGGGCUCUAAAAGGAUUGCAACCCCAGUUAGAUGUGUGUGCCACUGACAGAUUUGAUCUCUUGCUAGAUGGGAAUUUUAAAAUCUCAGGUACUGCUGCAAAGCUAGGAAAGACGGUUGCUUAUCAUCACUGCACUUUGCUAUGCAAUGCAGAUAGGCUUCUUUUAUCUCCUGUACUGAAGAGUCCUUACAAGGGGAUAAAAAGCAAUGCCACUCCUAGCAUGCCUGCUUUAGUGAAAAAUCUCUUUGAAGAGGAUCCUACGUUAACAUGUGAGAUGGUCAUGGAUGCUGUUGCUGCAGAAUAUGCAAGAUGCCAUCAAAUUGACCAUCAUAUUACUCUAAUAAACCCAGCCGAUGAGACAGUGUUUCCUGGAAUUAAUAAUAAAACCAAAGAACUACAAACCUGGGAAUGGAUAUAUGGCAAGACACCAAAAUUUAGUAUUAGCAGUUGCUUUAACAUAGUGUAUGAACAUAUUCUCCUUGAAGUUAAAGUGGAUAUUCAUGUAAAGCAUGGGAGAAUUGAAGUUUGUAACAUAGAUUUGCCAGAGCAGUGGCUGCCACCAGCAAUGUGCAAUGAACUAGAGAAAAACCUAAUUGGCAGUAAGUUUUGCCCCAGUGAAACCACAGCAUUAGCAAGUGCUCUGCUGAGAAUAUGUCCACAAAACUAUGAAUUGCACAGGAAGUGGAGUCUCUUAUGUGAGAAUGUGAUGACACUAAUGUGAUUUUCAUAGUGAAAGUGUAAGUCAAAUCUCUGAUACUGACUAGUGCAUGAUUUACUAAAAACGUAAAAUAAAAUGUUUAUUUUCAGUAUGUUGUGCAAGUUGAUUUUAUAGGAGUAAGUUACCACUGAAAUAAAUUUCUCUUGAUUUAUCCACUAAA